AUGGGCAAAGACUCCAAAAAGGAGGAAAGGAAAUUUUCACCACCAAUAUAUCCAGGCAUUGAAAACCUGCCCUGUGAGCUCCAGAGAAACUUCACACUCAUGCGGGAGCUGGACAACAGAGCCGAGGAAAAGAAAUGUGAAAUCGAUAAGCUCGCAGAAGAAUACAUUAGAAACGUCCGGAACCUGGCUCCGGAUCAGAGAGUGGAGCACCUGCAGAAGAUCCAGAACGGAUUCAGCAAAUGCAAAGAAUACAGCGACAACAAAGUGCAGCUCGCCAUGCAGACGUACGAAAUGGUCAGUAAGCCAGUUUAG